GAUAGGAACCUACCAACAGAAGAAGGAAACAAAACAAAACAAAAAGAAAGCGCUUUACGAUUUCGAAAGAGUUUCACAGUCGUCACCCAUGGAGGUUUCCGGCACCGUUCUCCGUCAGGUCACCGGAGCUGGGACCCAUAUCCCCCGCUCUUGUGGCGCGGUUCCGCGAGGAGUUUUGGCGAGGCCCAGAGUGAGAAUGGUGAUGGAUUCUGGUUUCUGUGACGAGGGGCAUUUGCGGUACUAUCAGGGGACGAAAAAGGGAUCAGAUGUUAUAACCACAAAGAAAAAGUUGAAAUUGCUGAAGGGUUUGUCUAACGGCUUGACCUUGUUUCCUGAAUUAGGGUUUGCUUUGGAUUCCGACAAACGCGCUCUAUUGAAUGAUCUUCAGGGAAACCUCACUUCGGAUGGUGGCGAGGUAUUACUGAAAAUGAAAGAGCUAGAAAAAAUAAGGGCAGAGGAGAAGGAAUUGAAGAGGAAAAGGAAACAAGAGAAAAAGGCCAAACUGAAAGCCUCCAAGAUGAAAACUUGUGAAUCUGAACCGUCUUCAUCUUCAUCGUCUGAAUCAAGUGACAGUGACAGAGAGUGUGGUGAGGUGGUUAACAUGAACAGCUUCAGGGCUGGUGUUGCCGAAUUGCAGCCACCUGCUAUGCAGGUUAACGUGCUCUCCCCACCGGCCUUCAUGCCCCAGACCACUCCUGCUGAGGAUCAUGCCAUGGAAUUGUGUUCUAGAAAUGAUACCUGUGUUGGGAGCGUUAGUGCUGGCUUUAAAAUUGAGGGUACUUUGGUUACCACUUCAACUCAAAAGAGGAUUGAGGUCUGCAUGGGUGGCAAAUGCAAAAGAUCUGGAGCUGCUGCAUUGUUGCAAGAAUUUGAGAGGGUGGUUGGAUUUCAAGGUGGUGCUGUUGUUGGAUGUAAGUGCAUGGGCAAGUGCAAAACUGCUCCUAAUGUCAGAAUUCAGAAUUCUGUUGAUCCUAGCCUAGAUGAGGGCCUUAAUGAUUCUGUUAAGAUUCCAGCUAACCCUCUCUGCAUUGGGGUUGGUUUGGAGGAUGUAGAUGCUAUUGUGGCUAGGUUUUUAGGGGAGAAUCAGAACGAUAUGGGGGUGGCAGUGGCAGCGGCAGCAGCAGCAGCAGCUAAUUGACGGGCUACUGUGCUAUUUGUAAUUGUAUGUGUCAGCCAGUAGAGCGGAGGAAUAUCAUUGUCAAAUACUUCUUUAAAGCUGUUCAUAUUGUAUAAACAUUAGCUAUUAUGAAAUUUCAUUUCCUUGUUUAUUGGGAGUGUCAUUCCACUUGUUUUACAUGAUACAAUACUCUGGUGGCAAUUAGGUAUCCCCAAGUCUACGGGGACAAUUUAGCUUUAAGCCUCUUUCAGAUUCCUUUAUUGUGAUCAUA